CAUUUAUCUAUAUCUAUCACUCGGUUUAAAAAGAAACUUGAAAAGAUAUUUUCAUUUUCAUAUUAACAAAUCCAAGAUGAAAAUGGGUGUAAUGCCGAGCGGUAACGGAUUACUAUCAUCAUCUCUGAAUCCAAACGCUCCGAUGUUCGUACCGGCGGCGUAUCGGAACGUUGAAGAUUUCUCCGAUCAGUGGUGGUCGCUCGUUCGUACGUCUCCUUCGUUUCGUGAUUACUGGCUUCGCGAGUGUUUUUCGGACUCACAGUUUGAUAUAAACUGUUCCGAUAUUUACGAUUCGUUUUUACCUGACGAUGAUAUAAAUGAAGAUGAUUUGAUUUCUGUUGACGGUAAAAUCAAUGUAACCGAAGAUAAAGAGAAGGAAGUAAUGAGGAAGGAUAUGAUAGUGUCGAAAUUGACAAACUGGAGGAAGGCGCGUGGAGUGGAAUCGCGGAGGUUGUAUGAGAAGGCACCGAAGAUUGUGAAUGUGAAAGUGAGCCCAAGGCCGAUUCAUCAGCCACGUUAGAUCUUAAUCUGAUCUGAUAUGAUAUUCAGUAUCAAAUUGAUUAGAUACAAUAAUAAUAAAUUGUGUCUCUUUUGGUCCUUUAAAUUUUCAUAUUAUUAAGAAAGUAAUUUUCAGGUUAAAUAGUUAGAUGUAUAGUGAGCAGCAGCGGCAGCUUUAUAUCUAGCUAGCAUGCGUUUUUUAGUUUGUUUUUGUAACCUCCUUAUUUUGUAAUCAUAAAUAAAUGAAUGUUUUUAGUUGAUCUAA